UCUACUUCUCUAAAAGAGAUGUUCAGGGUGCUUUUUUACAUACAUCAGGAGAGUGUGUUGUGAAUUUUGCAGGUUGGUUUCAGCAUGGGAUGCUUGUAGCAUUAGGAUGCAUUCAGCUGCAAAUAACAGAAUCCAGUCUCCCAGGGCCUUAAGCAAUAAUGAUGUUUAAUUUUCUCACCUAACAAGAAGUCUGGAGAAGGCAGUCUCAGCAGUGCAAUGAUGUCAUCAAGGACCCAGACUGUCUGUCCUGUUCUGCCAUCUUUUGCCACUUCAUGGCUAUUGCAGCUUCAAAUAUCAAGUCCUCACAGGGCUGCGUUCAAAACAAGAAUGAAAGGGCUGAGGUAAAAUCCUUUCUUCUUGUGAAGUUCUGUGGUUUUUUUCCAGGAAAACAAUUUCAGGAAGUCUCCCAACAGACCUCUCCUUUUGUCUCAUCUGCCAGAUAUGGGCCACAGGCCCAUUCCUAGACUGAUCAGAGGCAAAGGGAAAUGGGAAAAGCCCAACCACAACUUAUUCCCUUGUGGCUUGCGUGAGAAGCUUAGCUUGCGAGAAGCUUAGCUUCUCAGAUUCCUAGAGGCCCAUAAGAUUGCAUUUUCUGAAAUGCAACUGAAUGUGAAACAUCAUGGAAACAAGAUUGUUGUUGCUAGUUUCAAGGAAGUACAGAUAUUCAAACUCAAAUUAGAUAUGGGGAUCGACCAGUUGACAACUGAAAACUAUGCUUUCUACCUAUUGUUAAACUGUCUUGAAUUAUUGAUUUGGGGCACAUGAAGAGCUUUUUUUUUUUUUCCAAAUUCCCAGUUUUGUAAAGUGGUCACAUGAAUUCUGAUGCACAGUAUGAACCAUGUUGUAAAUUUCUGAAACUCUCUUUGGCAGACAAACCUUAAUAUGUCUGCGUUUGAAAGUAUUUUCCUGUCUGUAUUCAGUUUCAAGAGAAAACAGUGAAAUUGAAAUCAAAUUAUGUUCACCCAGAGAACUCAUAAUCCCUGGAAAUUUAGAGGUGAGUCCAACGUCUAUCCUAGGGAGAUCCCAAAAUUUCCAGCGAUAGGAAAAAUAUUUGGCAGUUUACUCUUCAAGAAAGGAAUAAGGAUGAAGAGAAGAACUACAAUCAGCUCUGCCAACUAGAAUUGGAAUUGCAAGCUCUCCCCAACAAAAGACUGCAUGUAGCCAGAGCCACGGGCCCACUCAACUGCAAGAGGGCCAAAAAGUGCAGAGAGGUCUUCCAUAUAUAUAAAGGCGAAGAGAACAGAUUUUGGUGAAUGCUAAUAAUAUCUACUUUACAGCAAAGUCCCUUGGGACAAAGGAACAUGCAUGUGAGCAGAGGAAUACACAAUAUGUGUCUGUCAUUUCUGCACUCUAUUUGCAUAUCAUGUUGGGAAUGCUCCAUGAGUGAAGAAUUCCAGUGGACCCACAAUGCAUGGAAGUUCAGAGAAACUCAAAAUUAAAUUUUGUUUCCAACGGAAGACAAUCACCUGAAAAACAAUUAGAACUAGUUAUGGAUGUCAAAAAGGAGUCACAAAGAAGAAGGGCGGUGGGGGGGAAAGAGGCCCACGGGAAGAUUGCAUCUCCUUGCAGCCCGGCGCCCACCUUGGUUCCGCGCCAACAACACGCACCGGAAGUUCUACGUCAGAGCAGGAAAUUUGCCACAAACCCACCUCCGGUGAGUGCGUGCAUUUCUUCUUUUCCCUCAGAGAGACUACAUUCGUUUGAACUAGCUGGAAAGACGGUUGCCGCUCUCGUGGCCCGCGCUACACAACCUUGGAGUAUCCUGAAAUGAGAAGCCAAAAUUGUGACGUAACAUCAAAAGCGCCUUUUAAGGAAGGGGGAACACGGUAGGAGAAGUCUCGGGGUUUCGGAGCGCGCGUCACCAGCAGAAGAGACGGCCCUGUCGAUAGCCGAGCAAGUGGAUUUGUUUGGAGAUACGAAGGGGUCGAGGGGAGCCAGGGCAUCUGCUGCCUGGUCACGACCAUUCGGCGUGCAGCCUCCUCUGCUGGGGUGCCAAGUGAUUGGAUGAGGACCUCUCUAGGCUCUCUGCCACAGAGAUAAUUUGUUCCAGCCUAUCAUUUACACCUCCAUCUGGCAGCCCAGCAGGACCUAGCAUGCCUAGGAGUCAGCUGUGCCACAGAGGACAGGCAUUCAGUGGCCGUGGGGCAGGCCAGUCAUGCAUCGUGAAUGGUACGGCACGGGGGUGCUAAUGACGUCAGCUUGUCUGCCUGCCUGGCAGGGGGACCCUUCCUGCCACUCAGUCAGCUUCUAACUCCGGAAGCCUGGGUGCAUGGCCUUCUCUCUUUAUGCAUCUCGUCUCCUUCAUUCCCCUUUAUGCUUUCCACAAAUAAUGUUGCCAUUUUCUUCAGUGUCCUCAAACCUGUUUCAACCUUUCUUCAUCUCUUUCGGUGGCCAGAGAUAGGAUCAACUCCCUCCUCUCCAAAACAGUACCUACCCUGGUGAUGGAUGUAGUGGGGAUUAAAUGAAGUUUUCUUCCUGAAGUGCCUAGAAAAGGCCCUGUAAGAAGGAAGCGCUCAACAAACGGCAGUGCCCUUCCUUGGGCCAUGUCACCCAGCUAUUCAGGGUAGAGACCUGUCACCAUGGCCUACCAAUUUCCAGCCCUCACUUCAGAACAGAAGAAGGAGCUCUCAGAAAUUGCCCAGUGCAUUGUUGCCAGUGGGAAGGGGAUCCUGGCUGCAGAUGAGUCUGUAGGCACCAUGGGGAGCCGCCUGCAGAGGAUCAAGGUGGAGAACACUGAAGAGAACCGCCGGCAGUUCCGCGAAAUCCUCUUCACCGUGGAUGAUUCCAUCAGCCAGAGCAUCGGGGGUGUGAUCCUUUUCCAUGAGACCCUCUACCAGAAGGACAGCCAGGGAAAGCUGUUCAGAGACAUCCUCAAGAAGAAAGGGAUCGUGGUGGGAAUCAAGUUAGACCAAGGAGGUGCUCCCCUUGCAGGAACAAACAAGGAAACCACCAUUCAAGGGCUUGAUGGCCUUUCUGAACGCUGUGCUCAGUAUAAGAAAGAUGGUGCUGACUUUGGGAAGUGGCGUGCUGUGCUGAAGAUUGACAACCAGUGUCCAUCCCACCUUGCUAUCCAGGAAAAUGCCAACACCCUGGCCCGCUAUGCCAGCAUCUGUCAGCAGAAUGGGCUAGUACCCAUUGUUGAACCAGAGGUAAUUGCUGAUGGAGACCAUGACAUGGAACACUGCCAGUAUGUUACUGAGAAGGUCCUGGCUGCUGUCUACAAGGCCCUGAAUGACCAUCAUGUUUACUUGGAGGGCACCUUGUUGAAGCCCAACAUGGUGACUGCUGGACAUGCCUCCACCAAGAAGUAUACUCCAGAGCAGGUGGCAAUGGCCACUGUCACAGCUCUCUAUCGUACUGUUCCUGCAGCUGUUCCUGGCAUCUGCUUUUUGUCUGGUGGCAUGAGUGAAGAGGAUGCUACUCUCAACCUCAAUGCUAUCAACCUUUGCCCUCUACCAAAGCCCUGGAAACUAAGUUUCUCUUACGGACGGGCCCUGCAGGCCAGUGCAUUGGCUGCCUGGGGUGGCAAGGCUACAAACAAGAAGGCAACCCAGGAGGCUUUUAUGAAGCGGGCUCUGGCUAACUGCCAGGCAGCCAAAGGACAGUAUGUUCACACGGGCUCUUCUGGUGCUGCUUCUACCCAGUCGCUCUUCACAGCCUGCUAUACCUACUAGAAUCUGAGGCCGACCAGCCAGGCUCUGGCGCUUCUAGGUGUCUUGGUAGGAGGGCAGAAAGGAAACAACAACCUUUCGACUGACCCUGGAAAUUAGACAAAAUUAGGUUGGAACUACUGGAAACACAAUGCAUGUUAAAUUCUUAGACACAAGGAAAAAAAUCAGUUAUUGAAACCUAAGUCUGAAUAUCAAGGAUCUGAUGAAGUUUCACACAGUGAUUUCCUUACAACACUUCCAGCUCCCCAUGGCCCACAGUAUCCAUCUAAGAAAAGAAUAAACUUUAAAACAGUAUCAACUCUCCAUCCAAAUAACCAAAUGAAACACCUCAUAAGCUGAGUGCAGAGAAUUGUGUCUUAUUAAACAGUCCUAGCAGUGGUAGGUUAUGAAGGAGACAGCUGCAACCAAAAAAGAAAUAAAAUGUUCUACAAACCUUCAGUU